UACAAAUCCUGAGUAAGCUUGCUAAGAACUAGUAAGCGAGAAAGGGACUUUCAAAGUCGAUUCAACAGAUAUUUUCAUCAGACAACAAUGACAUCGUGAUUUCAUCAGACAACAAUAAACAUCGUGUUCUGUACAGUCUUAACGUCGACUUAGCCGAUUCGAUCAGUAAUUUUUUUUAUUUUUGGCUCUUGUUCCAGCAUUGUUUCAAAGUGAAAGGAAGUUAUUUGAGCAUAAGUUUGCCAACAGGAAAUAAUUAUGAUAACGACCAACGCAUUGCACGCCAUGAAGAGAAAAACCUCUCAAUUCGUUCAUCAGAACGAGUUAGACUUUACACGCUUUAAGAUCGAACAGAGUUUCGUUCAAUUGUUAACUGCUUUAAAUUCUUAUGUACUCUUUUUCAUUCCAAACACAUUCGGCAUUCUUAAACGACCUUGCAAAGAUAUUCGAGUUCCCGUGUAUUUACCGUUUCACCCAAACAAACCCACACACACCAACAACACAAAAACAGGCGCCUUGUGUACAAGUUUUGUAUGGUGUCAAAGGAAGCACUUGGCCACAAUUUUUCAGGUUACGCUGUCAUUCAGCAGAUCCGUUAGAAACGACUAGAAAUCUAAAAUAAAACAAUAACAAUAACUCUCGUAUUACCCAGAGAUUAUCUGUAUUUCCCAUUCAUGAGGUUGCUACCGUUGUAGGACAAUGACGUCACAAGUAAUUUCACUGAGAACUUGUCAAUAAAUGAGCCAUUUUGAAGUAGAGUUAUCCACCACUUCAACGAUACUUACGCCAAGAUAGAUUGUAUUUACACAUAUAUCCAUGGUUUAAGUUUUUUUGACACAACGUUCCCACCUAAAGUCCGAUUUCAUUAUCACGUUGCAUCAAGCGGGGCAGCGAUGCUAACAUCUCUUUCGCAAUAGCGGAAGACACAGACAUCUCAUUUGUGCGCAAGCUCGCACUCGUCCUAAAUUUUCGUGACGUCAGAUUUAAGAUCGUGUGGUCCUCAAUUGAGUCAAUUUAACCACUAACCUUCCCCGUAAACAUGUCGACGGCGUUCGCCACAAUUUACGAUUUCCUCAGCCUUGGCAAUGUUUUUCUGCUGUUGUUCACCCUGAUGGUAUCACAUUACAUCAUGGUGCUGUACGAGUUCAGAGGAAUGCCACCGGGUCCGCGAUUUACAGCCGUUCCCGUUUUAGGUAACGUGUUUUCUCUCGAUUCGAAGGCGGAGAAACUAACCGACGCUUUCCGAAGCCUCAAACGAAACUAUGGUCCUGUAUUUUCGCUCAAACUUGGUAGUUACAAGUUUGUUAUGGCGUCUACACCUGAAUCUGUUAAAGAGAUGCUAAUAAAGAAAUCUACUGAGUACGCUGGAAGACCACAGACAUAUUCAGUUCAAACUAGAACACUAGGCGGUAAAGAUAUUGCUUUUGGUAACUAUGGUCCUUCUUGGAAGUUUCAUCGAAAAUUAUUCACAUCAGUAUUGCGCCAGUAUGUUUCCGAUAUUCCCCUCAUAGAAAGCCGAGUCUCAGUUCAAGCUCAGAAAUUGGUGCAGUUUAUGCAAGAACAAGAUGGCAAACCUUUCGAUCCCGCAGAUUGCCUCAUGAGGGGCGUUGCUGAUGUCAUUUGCGGGAUAACCUUCGGUGAAGGUUUCGACACAACGCACCCAGAUCUAAACCAACUUUUGAAUCUUUGCGCGAAUAUUGUGGAAAAUGAUGAUGUGGCGAGGCUUGUUACUGUGUUGGACUUCUUCCCCUUUACGAAGUACUUGCCGAUCAAGGCUUAUGAUCGCUUCAUACAGCCCUUCUUCGAAAUGUUUGGAAUCAUUCGCAAAUUUUUAAGAGAACGCGAAGAAAAUUUCGACCCAGCAAAGAGCGUACAGGAUUUCAUCUCGGGUCUUCUUUGUGCAAGAAACGAAGCAAAGAUGGCAGGCGAUGGAGAAAGGUCCGCAUUCCUUUCUGAUGACUAUCUUGUGAACGAUGUUGAGGUCAUGUUUGCUGCUGGCUACGAAACUACCAGCACAACCUUAAAAUGGGUGAUAGCUUACCUAGUUAACCAUCCAAAGUACCAGGAGGACAUUCAACGCCAGUUAGACGAGGUACUUGGUGAGCGGAGUCCUUCCUUGAAUGAUCGUGCCAGUUUACCUCUAGUGCAGGCAGCAAUCAUCGAAACACUGCGACUUGGAAACGUUGGACCUCUUUUACUUCCUCAUGUCACCAUGACCGAUACCACACUAUGCGGCUACCGCGUUCCAAAGGAUACAAUUGUCUUUGCUGACACAGAGUCUGUUCAUCUGAAUCCUAACUGUUGGAAAGAUCCCACCAAUUUCAAUCCUUACCGUCACAUCGACAAAAACGGUCAGCUUAUCACUAACCAAAGUAACUUCUUUCCUUUCGGAGCUGGUCGCCGGGUAUGCGCUGGGGAAGCCCUUGCUAAAGUGAAACUGUUUUUGUUUGUGUCUUGGAUUCUUCAAAAUUUCACUUUUGUUCCUGAAGUAGAUGGCCAUCCUCCCGAGCUGAGGGGCAUAUUUAGUAUUACUCAGUUUCCCGCUCCCUACAAGAUACGCGCCAUACAGCGAAAGUGAAAUAUUUUUUUAUAAAUUGCAAUUUUUGUUAAGUGCUUUAGACGAAUUACAAUUUUUUAUUCAGAGCUCUUCUCGAUUGAGCUUCGUGAGAUUAAAAGUGAAGGUAUAAAGGCAGCCUAUCAGAGCGGAGGAAGGCAUCACAAGGAGCCAAUGAGAACUCAAAGUGAAAAAAAAAAAUUAGACUACCUCGUCCGCGCGUAAAAACGCGAGUCACUAAGUCGCGAUUGGUUUCAGUUUUACAUCUGAUUGGUUGAGAGAUUGGCGUGUUUUUUCUUUCGACCAUUCAUAUAGCAGUACAAUCAAGAUUUCCUUUUCACGCUAACUUAAAAAAUUUUUGAUAUUAGGUUACAGAGUUGGCAAUAAACAAAGAAAAGAGCAAUUACUAGUGACUGAAUGGAUAACCAAUGAACUUCGUGCACAGCCUGUAUGUAGAACGCGGUUUACGAAUAGACUUCAGCCCCCAUAGGGCUUUGAGUCUAAGGUUCCUGUACCACUUACGAAUUAAUUUUUUAUCCCUUCCAUUUUCGGAAAUUUCAAGGGUAUAUAGGUUAAAAACCCACCCAUUAAUUUUCGCGCGACCCUAUAGGCUACUUUACGUCGCGCGGUAAAAAAAUCACCGGAAAAUUAUUACACAAUAAGCUACAUUGACGAUAUUUGCCUCCGAUCAUUCCCGUCGAGAAAAAAAAGACAGCGGAAAAAAGCCAGCUGAAGAGUUUCACUUUUUCGUCCUUAUUACUUUACAUGGAAGGAAAACAAACUCGUUUGGUAGAGUCCCACUGGUAGUGACAUUGAAAACUGAUUUCAAUCGCUGCUCAAUUGCCGAAAAGAAAAAAAAAGGGUCAACGAAAUUUUUCUGUCGGCCGCAGCUUCAAAGUGUUUACUUACUAACUAACCGAGCAAGCACAAAGAAAUCUCCUUCAGUAGACAUUCCAUCUGGCCUAUUCUGAUUCUUCAAAAACAAAAAAGGGGAUUUGAACGGGGUUAACUUUAUCGAUAUAUGUAUUGAUUUCUAGUCAGAAAGAGGAGCACUCUGGCUCAGGAGGUAGUAACUUGAAAUAUAAGACUCAGUUGAUUAUAAAAUUUCCUGUUAUCAAACUUAUCUUGUAGGAACGCGGGCUCAUUUCCAGAGCAAUGUCCGGUACUCGAGCCCACGAAUUACCUGAAUAAAAUAAAUAACUAACAU